UUACAGCUGGUUUCAAUCUGGAGAGGUGAGACUGAGAACAGGCUGGCCUUUGCAGGCUCGAAGUCACUUCUGGCAUAUCUGCAAAUGUAAUAACAAUACUGAGAAGAGAAAUAUGCAACAACUUGCUGCAAUCCCGCUGGUAACGAGGACUCAACCGAGUAUCGUCUCAGCUACAAGCGAAUCUUUGAAGUUUGCAUUUGCUUAAGGGACGUUUCUCAGCCUCCGGUGAAAGGAGUCUUUGGAAAUGAGUUACCGGUGCAGAGGAGCUAAUUUUGAAUCGUUUUCUUGCUACUGGCCUUUGUUUCUGUGGCUGGGGAACCUCUCGUUCUCCCCCAGUCAGGUUGAAGCUUUUCCAGCGUGGAAGAUCGAGGUGGAAGGAGGGAGUGCCGCACUCAGGAAGUCCUACCUGAUCCCUACCUCACCCGAAGAGCUGCCCAAGUCCUUUCUGCUGCGUAGGAAGCGUUACGCCAUUAACCCCUUGCUCCAUAAAUGGGACCAUUUCAACAUCACCUACAAGAUUGAGAAGUUUCCAAGCACUCUGAACAAAGCUGACACCAGGAAAGCCAUCGCGAUAGCCUUCGUAAUGUGGAGUGACGUUUCACCUCUCACCUUCACCGAGCUCCCAACACACAAGGAUGCGGAUAUCACAAUCGGGUUUUACACGUUCAAUCACACUGACUGCUGGUUUGCCCCGCUUCACCCCUGCUUCGACGGACUCAAUGGGGAGUUGGCACACGCAUUCCUGCCCCCCCUCGGCAAGAUUCACUUUGAUAAUCACGAGUUCUGGAUUCUGGGCAAGUCUCGAUUCAGCUGGAAGCAAGGUGUUUGGCUCAAUGACCUUGUGCAGGUAGCAGCUCAUGAAAUUGGACAUGCACUUGGGCUGAUGCACUCCCGCAACAUGAGUGCACUCAUGCACCCCAAUGCGACGUACACUGGGCAGCGGCGGAUCACACAGGACGACAUCUGGGGCAUCCAGAGACUGUACGGCUGCAUUGAUAAGAAGAGGCUUUGCGAUCCAUGGGCCCGUGUUGGAUUCUGUGAGCAGCGACGGUCGUUCAUGAAAAGGCAUUGCCCGAAAGUGUGUGACUUGUGCUUUGAGCCACCAGAUGCAGUGCCUACAACCACGGCACUCCCUCAGAACAUUAAGAUGAAGUAUGUGUCCAAAGGUCGCAUCGUGACCUUCCGUUGUGGCCAGGCCGUCUCGAGACUGAGUUCCCAUAAAGUCAGCUGGUACAAGGAUGGGGAGCUGCUGGCUGAUUCCGUGCCCGGGUACUUCAUGGUGAAAGGGCAAGGCCUCAGCAUAGUGGCAAACGAGUACAAUGAGGGACUGUACACUUGCCAAGUGCAACGCAAGACCAAGACCAUCCAAGCCAAUUCCUGGUGGAUCAGGGUCAAGGAUGACAAUAAUAGCGAUGACCCACAGAACACCAACUCGCAUCGAGGACACGGCAUCCCAGAUCAACCCAAUCCAUUGUAAGUUUCAAGAUGCAGCAUGGAAAGAGGCUAUUCGCCCUUCCAUGUUAAUGGGUGGCACAGUGGCGCCUUCACUGUAGGGUGGCUGCUUCAUGGCACCAGAGACCUGGAUUCAAUCAUGUCGACACGAUCAGUCUGUGCGGAGUUAGUAUGUUCACCCUGUGACCACAUGGGUUUUGUCCAAGUGCUCCAGUUUCCACCCACAUUCCAAAGAUGUACUGUUUGGAAGUUAACUGGCUUCAAUAAAAAUGUUAAAAAAAUUGUUUGUAGUGUGUGCUAGUGUAACAGGGAUCGCUGGUCGGCACAAACACGGUGGGCCGAAAGGCUGUUUCCGCGCCGUAUCUCUAACAACUAAAACGAAAAAGAACCAUUGAACCUGAAACACUUUUAAUGUCCUUUUUGGAAACAUAGAAACGUAAAAAAAUAGGUGCAGGAGAAGGCCAUUCGGCCUUUCUAGCCAGCACCGCCAUUCAAUAUGAGCAUGGCUGAGUCUGUGGAAUUAUCUGCCUCAGAGGGCGGUGGAGGCAAGUUCUCUGGAUGCUUUCAAGAGAGAGCUAGAUAUGGCUCUUAAAAUAGCAGAGUCAGGGGAUAUGGGGAGAAGGCAGGAACGGGCUAUUGAUUGGGGAUGAUCAGCCAUGAUCACAUUGAAUGACGGUGCUGGCUCGAAGGGCCAAAUGGCUUACACCUGCACCUAUUGUCUAUUAUCUAUUGUCUAUUGUCUAAAAUCAAUACCCACUUCCUGCUUUUUCCCCAUAUCCCUUGAUUCCAUUAGCCCUAAGAGCCACAGUACAUCUAACUCUCUCUUGAAAACAUUCAGUGAUUGCCCCCCACUGCCUUCUGUGGCAGAGUAUUCCACAGAUCCACAACUCUCUGGGUGAAACAGUUUUUCCCCAUCUCAGUCCUAAAUGGCCUACCCCUUAUUCUUAAUCUGUGACCCCUGGUUCUGGACUCCCCCAACAUGGGGAACAUUUUCCCUGCAUCUAGCCUGUCCAUUCCCUUAAGAAUCUUAUAUGUUUCUACAAGAUCCUUUCUCAUCCUUCUAAAUUCCAGUGAUUAUAAGCCCAGUCGAUCCAUUCUUUUUGAUACUUAGACAUCCAGAAAUCAUUGGAGGUUUCACUAGGUUCUCUCAUAAGAUGAUUAAAUUCACUCCUGUUGCCUUGUGGCACUAAACAGUUAUUAGUUAAACAUUUCAGUGCCAACAAUUGUGGCAUAAAUGCUCAUUUCUAGUUCAAUACUCUGCAGAGUUGAUGCAUUAAAUGAGAGAAGAAAUAUUUGGGCUUCUGCCACCUCAUCAACAAAGAGCUACACGUUUGAUGUCUCCCCAUGGCUUUCCUUACCGUCUAAUUCAUUUAUUCCUGACGUUAUUGAUGCCAAUUAAACGUUCUACCUGUCAAAGCCACUUCCAGCGUCAAUGUAUUUCUUGUAAAGGUCGACAUAGUCAUUGGACAGAAGUGACCAUCAGGAAAACUCAAGGAGCCCCAAGGUGAUGGGGCAUUAUUAGACCAUUAUUGGAUUUGUUGGCUGGAUGGGAGCAUUUGAUAUCAGCCGUUUAAUCGUUUGUUAAAACAGAGAAACAUCCUUGGCCAUUUCAAAGUCAGAAUAUUUGUUUAUGCAUCUGGUGUAGUGGAUAGUUUAGUUUAGAGAUACAGCGUGGUACAAGGCCCUUCAGCCCACUGAGCCCACACCGACCAACGAUCAUCCCGUACACUAGUUCUAUCCUGCACACUAGGAACAAUUUACAAUUUUACAGAAGCCAAUUAACCUACAAACCUGCACGUCUUUGGAGUGUGGGAGGAAACCAGAGCUCCCGGGGAAAACCCACAUGGCCACGGGGUGAACAUACAAACUCCAUACAGAUAGCACCUGUAGUCAGGAUUGAACUUGGGUCUCUUGCUCUGUAAGGCAGCAACUCUACCGCUGUGUCACUAUGUCGCCCAAACUCUGUGCCUGUUGUAAAGCCAGCAUCCCCAACAAUACAACACUACCCAAUACUGAAGGAAUCAGCCUGGGUUUGGAAUGCAGGAAAACCUACAUUGGAAGUUUAAGUAACAAUAUAAUCACAGUUUAAAUCUUAAAAAUAA